AUGCAUUUCCGCUUCUCCUUGACUGCGGGAAAGGGGAGCCUGCUCUACUCGAUUCUCCGUACCCACCCAGAAGAACAGUGGUCAAUCCUGCUUCAGUAUGAUGGCGUACCUGAUUCUAAAAUUGAUCUCAUCUGCUAUCAUAGCAAGACGCAUGUACGUAUGGAUCGCACUUCUCUAUUCUCCUCCAUGGAUUUUGCUGCAACAGGGGUAUUUGUCAUGGAUGUCAUGGCUCAGCACAUUUUGGACGUCAUAGAACAAGCAGGCGGAAGUCAGUCUUCAUGGCUUAACUUUUACCUGAUGAAGCGGGACCGCUACAUGCUUCAGGUUCUUUGUGCAGGAGAGAACCUUCUUCUCAGUGGUCUUGAGUCAGGAGGGAACUUCACUAAAGUUUCUACACGCUAUGAAAUCCCGGUAACGUACACAAAAGGAAAGAAUGACAGGACAGACGAUGUCAUCACGCGGCUGCGCAACCUCAUUAUGCAUCUAUCUCUUCAGUCUUGUCAGCACGUCGACACCAACGGCCGGCAGAGCUCAUUACCACAUUCCUUGGAGUCUCCUUCAAUCUCCGAUAGCGUUGUAGACGGCGAAACAGUAGAGCAGGCUGCAUACAAAGACUUCCUUGUGCCAACUGCGAACACUUUGUUGGCAAAGUUGUUUACUACGUUUUCCACGACGGUUGAUGACAAAGGUUUAGGCCUCACUGUCUUUACUAAGGCAGAAGAUAGCUCUACAAUGCUAGUAGCGCUAGGAUUAUCGUCCUCUUCCCUGUCCUCGACACUCAGAUAUAAGGUUCCCAUGAAAACGAGGGACCAACCAUCGCAGGUGUCAUGCACUGUUCACCCGAAGAAAUUCAUCCGAAACUUUGAACGCCUUUUUAGCUUAGCAAUGUACCUGGGAUAUCGAUGGAGCUACUCUAUUGUCGUUACGCGGAACUUCGUCAUUCUUUCUCUCUUUUGCGAAGAGACACAGGAGUUUGUUAGAUGCGCAGUUGAGCGAUUAUACAGUUAG